AAAAGCAUCCAUUCCGUACUGACGAAACGAUCGCCUAAGUCGACGAUCACGGAAACAGCAGUUGACAAAACCUUCUGUGUGAUAUUAUACGGUAGUCGAAAAGUUUUCGUUGAUCGUAUUUGAAGGAAGAUUUUAUGUGUUCUCCUUCGAAAGUUAGUGAUAAUCAGUCAUUGUGUUAAUUGAUCUUGUUCCAGUAAAAAAGCCAAGCGUCAGUUCACAAUGAGCUUCCUAUUUUUUACAUUAUCCGACUGUAAAUUCAACGUUUCUGGAUUUCUUAAGUGGAAGCCGAUCAUCGAAAACCUUUAAGCCAAAGAAGAAUAUCCCUGAAGGAACUCAUCAAUAUGAUUUGAUGAAACAUGCAGCAGCUACUCUUGGUUCUGGAAAUCUAAGAUUAGCAGUUAUGCUUCCAGAAGGAGAAGAUUUAAACGAAUGGGUCGCUGUCAAUACUGUUGAUUUUUUUAAUCAAAUCAACAUGUUAUAUGGCACUAUCACAGAAUUUUGUACAGAGGAAAGUUGUCCGAUAAUGUCAGCAGGUCCAAAGUAUGAAUAUCACUGGGCAGAUGGUCAUACCGUAAAAAAGCCAAUAAAAUGUUCAGCUCCAAAAUACAUUGAUUAUUUAAUGACAUGGGUACAAGAUCAAUUGGACGACGAAACAUUGUUUCCUUCCAAAAUCGGCGUACCAUUCCCAAAGAACUUCUUAUCAAUUGCAAAAACAAUAUUGAAGCGAUUAUUUAGAGUAUAUGCACAUAUUUAUCAUCAACACUUCAGCGAAGUUGUACAGCUUGGCGAAGAAGCGCAUUUAAAUACGUCUUUUAAACACUUCAUAUUUUUUGUUCAGGAAUUCAAUUUAAUUGAACGACGAGAAUUAGCACCAUUACAAGAAUUGAUAGAGAAGUUAACUGCCAAGGAUGCACGAUGAAUUAUUCAUGUGAUUGUAUACCCAGAAACUCCUCCAAAGAAUCUCACCCACAUGGUAUUUGCUAACAAAUGUGUAAUUGCAUAUAAUAUUAUGGAAUUAAUUACAUUUUGGAUAUAAUAGGAUUUUUCUUAUAAAGUGUGGGUCAAUGGUUGAAAGGAGGUAUUUAUUUGACAUUGGAACAAGCUAAUACCGAUUUUCGCAGUUUUUAUUUUAAAUGAAAAAAAGAAAAAAAAAAAAAAAAAAAAAAAAAAAGAAAAAAAAAAGAAGAAAAAGAAAGCUUAGAAUUUAUGUUGAAUAGACUAUUGACACACACACAUAUGUUUCGUAAAUGAAUUAACUAUUUUUGUUUGUACAUACACUCUUAGGAAUGAGGGUCGUAUUAAUAGGAAUUAUCAAAUUUCAAGAUAAAUUUUAUUUCGUGUAUCUAAGAGUUAUCCUUUCAAUUUUCCUUUAUGUAAUUAUUAAAUCAGGUUAUAAUAUGCGUGUAAUUUUAGAGAUACGGAGAAUUGAAAAAAAAUUGCCUUUAUUAGACAAUAAGUGUUUCAAUCGUGUUGUAGGUACCAUAUAAGUAGAUUUUUUACUAUAAAAACCAUACCCCGGUAAAAAGUUAAAAGACAAUUAUUUAUUGACCCUCUUCCUAGAGUAUAUGAUAUAAAAUAAGAAUGAAAAUAUUUAAAUUAAUCUUUGUGGUAUAUUCGACUGUAAUCCAUAUGCAUAUAAUGGCAAUGACUACAAAGGGUGAGAAUUAUCAAUGUAGACUUUUGUACAAUAUUUACACAUCUAACACACAGCAUAGUAAACGAUUUAUGUUAUAUUUAGUAGCGACACAUUCUAAUCAGUUAAUACGGUUUGUUGUGAAUUAUAAUUUAUUAUAUCUAACGAGCUUUGUACUUCAAGUUUUCAACUUGUAAUUGAAAAAGGAUCAUCUUAUAAAAGAUUAUCUUAUAUAUAUAUAUAAUCUGUGUAGAAUAUUGUAUAUGCUGAAGGUUGGAAUUAUGAUGUUAAGUGAUUUAAUAUUUAAACAUAUCUAAUUGUGAUCCAUAUUAUUUUGUUAUAAAAUAUAAUUACACACGAUCGGAUGCAAAAGUAAGGUAAUUUGCUAUUUGAGCAAGCUGCAUAUAGAUAGAGAAAAAAAAAGAAAAAAGAAAAGAAA